CACCCAUCAUACAACAUGGAACACAGCGAAGCACCGGUAUUCGUGCGCUCACAAUCAGAUACAUCCGAUGCACAAACAAUCGUUGUGCAUUGCAGCAAAGAGAAACCACAAGAACCGAUAUCUGACGAUCAAUCGGCUUCUACGAUAUGUAAUAGCUCACCAACGGAAGCGACAGGAGAAACUGAAACAGAUAGACAGCGGCUUCGAAAGACGAUUUUUCAGAUUCUUCAAUGUUUUUACACCGUCUCUCUGAUGGGACUGCAGGACGGCAAUUUCGGUGUUAUCUUACCUCGCCUGAAGGAGUAUUAUUCGGUUAGCGACAGUCUGGUGUCCAUCCUAUUUCUACUCCAAGCAGGAGGAUAUUUCGUAAUGGCUUUUUCCAAUGGUUAUGUUGUCUCCAAAAUUACACAAAAGGGGUCUCUUUAUCUCGGAUGCACCAUGCUUGUGAUUGGAUAUGUUGUUAUCCUCUUUGGAUUGCCGUUCCCAGUAAUAUGUGUUAUGAUGAUUAUAGUGGGUGGAGGCCUAUCAUUAUUGAAUGCCGGCUGCAACGUUUAUAUCAUUACUGCUCCAUAUACCACUACGGUUUUGAAUUUGCUUCAUGCUUGUUAUGGUACUGGCGCAAUGAUUGGCCCUCUUAUGGCUUCUUCAUUGUUGGAACACAACCUUUCAUGGAGAGUUUCUUAUAUGAUUUUAGCUGGUCUUUCUGGUCUUAGUCUCUUGGGAAUGUAUAUCAAUUUCCGCAACACAGAAAUUGAAAUUCAUACUGAGCCCGCACCCGAGAGCACAGCUGAAGAUGGAGAGCUCACGGUUAAGAGAGACAGUAUCUUUAAACAAGUCAUCAAGCAGCGGGUCACUCCUGUCUGUUCUGUCUUCUUGUUGUUCUACGUUGGCACUGAAGUUACUUUCGGCUCAUGGAGUUUCUCCUUCUUGACUGAAGUUAGAGGCGGAAAUCCCGUACAACUUGCUCAAGUCACAUCCGGUUAUUGGGCUGGCCUUACCUUUGGCCGCAUCUUUUUGGGAGCCAUCACUGCUAGGUUUGGUGAAAAACGCAUGGUCACAUUGUAUUUGAUCGUCACUUGCGCUAUGAUUAUUCUUAUUUGGCAAGCAACCCCAAUACCAGUUGAUCUUGCUGGUUUAGUCAUCCUAGGAAUGGCUCUUGGUCCUAUUUUUCCUACUACUGUCUCUAUGGUGUCCCAAAUUCUACCCAGAUACCUUCAUACAACAACUAUCGGCUUUUUGGUCGGUCUUGGGCAAGGUGGUGCUGCGUUGUUUCCAUUUGUAAACGGCCAGAUUGCCAGUAAGGCUGGUGUUAUUGGCAUGAUGCCAUUUACUCUAGCGUUAUCUAUCGCGAUGCUUGCAACAUGGAUUUUCAUGCCAUCAAUUGGUCCAUCAAUGAACUUCAUUGAAAUCUACAAGCAGAGAAAGCUCAAAUCCAAGAAUCCCACAGCUGAUCUUGAAGCCAAUACAGUUGCCUCUGAUAAAGUUUAAAAGCAGAGCUUAGAUGUAUGUGUUAAAUAUUCACGUUGUGUUGACUUUUCUUAAGUCAUCUAAACGUAAUUAAGCAUUUUAUCAUGUUUAUUGUAUAUAACGUCGCAUAAAGGUAUCCUCCAUAUAAAUAAAGUAUUUGCACAUUUUAAGAAACUAAUAGCAUUUAACGGCCUGAUCUUCGACUAGUUCGCUUCUUUGGUAGAUCAUCUUCUAUUUUCAAUGUAGUGGCGACAGACUUUCGUUUCUUAGCUGCUUUGGAUACUUCCACAUUCUUCUCUUCUACAACUUGUUCUUCAACCUU